CCUGGAGACCCGCUCCACCUCUGGCUGUGGCAGAGCCAUGGGGCCACGAAGCUAUAACCUCUGCCGGAGCCUCCUGCUCCUGCUCCUACUCCUGCUCCUACUCCCUGCAGGGUGCUUUGGAGCUGAGGGCAGGCUGGCUCACAAGCUGUUCCGUGAUCUCUUCACCAACUACACAAGUGCUCUGAGACCUGUGGCCGACACAGACCAGACUCUGAAUGUGACCCUGGAGGUGACACUGUCGCAGAUUAUCGACAUGGAUGAACGGAACCAGGUGCUGACCCUGUACCUGUGGAUCCGGCAGGAGUGGACAGAUGCCUACCUACGAUGGGACCCUGAUGCCUACGGUGGCCUGAAUGCCAUCCGCAUCCCCAGCAGUCUUGUGUGGCGGCCAGACAUUGUGCUGUAUAACAAGGCGCGGCGGCGCGUGCUCACCUACGGCUGCUGCUCCGAGCCCUACGCGGACGUGACCUUUACGCUGCUCCUGCGCCGCCGGGCCGCCGCCUACGUGUGCAACUUGCUGCUCCCCUGCGUGCUCAUCUCGCUGCUCGCGCCGCUCGCUUUCCACCUGCCUGCUGACUCGGGCGAGAAGGUGUCGCUCGGCGUCACCGUGCUGCUGGCGCUCACCGUCUUCCAGCUGCUGCUGGCCGAGAGCAUGCCGCCGGCGGAGAGCGUGCCGCUCAUCGGGAAGUACUACAUGGCCACCAUGACCAUGGUCACUUUCUCAACAGCACUGACCAUCCUUAUCAUGAACCUGCAUUACUGUGGUCCCAGUGCCCGCCCAGUGCCAGCCUGGGCUCGGGCCCUCUUGCUGGGACACCUAGCAAAGGGACUGUGUGUACGGGAGCGAGGGGAGCCCUGUGGGCAGCCCAGGCCACCCGAGCCAGCCCCCAGUCCCCAGCCCCCUGCUGGGCUCCCAGCAGGCCCUUGCCAUGAGCCACGGUGUCUGUGCUACCAGGAAGCCCUACUGCACCACGUAGCCACCAUUGCCAGCACCUUCCGUAGUCACUGGGAAGCCCAGCACCGCCAGGAGGACUGGAAGCGCCUGGCCCUUGUGAUGGAUCGCUUCUUCCUCGGCAUCUUCUUCUCCAUGGCACUGGUGAUGAGCCUCCUGGUUCUGGUGCAGGCCCUGUGAGGGUACCAGGCUGGGUACCAGGACACUGCCGCAGCCUCAGGACCUCCGGGCAAGGAUAGCCAAGGCCAGGAGGUGUCUGGUCCUCACAGAAGCCAGCCAGUGGCUCUCUUCGGGACCAACACUACCGAUUUCACAGUCCAUAAGGAUUCCCUGUUGUCUACGUGUCCUAACUACUCCCU